AUGAAAGGAACUGAUCCAAAAUCGAUUCCAUUUCAUGAUCAAAAUAAAACUAAUCUAAUGACACAAGUUUCUAUUGAAGAAAAAUAUCUAUUGCUUGUAUUGAUUGAUUGUGGACUUAAAAAUAAUCAAUUACGAAUUUUAUGUCAACUCGGUGCAAAAGUAACAGUCUUUCCUUGGAAUUAUCCUGUUAAACAAGAUGAAUUUGAUGGUCUUUUGUUGAGCAAUGGUCCCGGUGAUCCACAAACUCAAUGUUCAGAUACGAUUGCAACUAUAACAUCAUGGAUUAAUAGUCAAACUAUUAAACCCAUAUUUGGUAUUGGUCUUGGUCAUCAAUUAAUGGCUUUGGCUGCUGGGAUGAAAACAGUAAAACUUAAAUACGGAAGCCGAGGUCAUAAUCAACUAUGUUUAUUAGGAACAACUGGACGUUGGUUUAAUACAUCACACAAUCAUGGUUUUGCUGUUGAUAGAUUACAAGGUUUAGCUAAAGAUUGGAAACAUUGUGCUGGACCACGUGAUACAGAAAAUUUAUUUCAAAUAUUUCUUGAUGUUGUUCAAUCAUAUAAAUCAACUACACCGAUUAAUCUUAAAUCGUAUUUAAUUGAACAAUUAACAAAAUCUUUUAAUAAUAAUAAUGCAUCAUCAGAAAAUUCUUAUCAUCCCGUAAGAAAAAUAUUGAUAUUAGGUAGUCGCGAUAGUUUAAUAUUUGGACAAGCAGGAGGUUACUAUGAUGCUGCUACACAAGCAACUGAAGCAAUUAAAGCACACAAUAUUGCUACUGUUGUAAUAAAUUCAAAUACCGAUCUAAAUCUAACAUAA